CACAUGAGGAAUUACACUCAAGACAAAUUGACUCUGUGUUGUCCAAAACAAAAGCCAAAAAGGCCAGAGCCGCAGAAAUCAGGAAGAGGCGGUUUUUUGUGGUUAUUUAUUAACAGAGCACAACCGUCUCUCGCCACAGCGAGAGGCCUGUCAUCAGAUGUCUGUGCGUCUUUGCGUAGUGAUACCACGGGAACUGGAACAGGAAGCGAGCUCAGCCCCUUUGACAAAAAAACUGAAGCAAAGUUCCCCGCGCCGUCGCCGCCAUGGCCAAAGCAAAGAGCGGACCCCUGGCCCGGAGGCCCGACAACUCGGCCUUCAAGCAGCAGCGUCUGCCCGCCUGGUCGCCCAUGCUGACGGCUAACACCGUGCUGCCUUUCUUCUACUUCAUGGCCGUCAUCUGCUUGCUUCUAGGAAUUUGGCUUCUGCUUACUGUUCAGAGUGUACAGGAAAUCCGGAUGGACUACACAGACAGUGGCGCGUGUGCACGUUGUCACGACUUGCGAAAGAAUGUGAGCAACGCAGCGUUGAUCUGCACUUGUAAACUGUACUUUCAAGUGGACAGACCCCUGAAGGGGGACGUCUUCUUCUACUAUGGCCUCCAAAACUUCCACCAGAACCUGCGCAGAUACAUGGACUCCAGGGACGACGCGCAGAUGGUUGGCAGGAAGAUGAAUUUGAAGACACCCAGCUCAUACUGCAAGCCAUUCGCCACCAAUGACAAAGGGCUGCCUAUCGCUCCCUGUGGUGCUGUGGCCAACAGCAUCUUUAAUGAUUCCUUCAAGUUCCAAUAUCUGGCCUCUGGUAGUUCAGAUGAACCGGUGCCUUUAUGGCGCAAAGGCAUCAGCUGGUACACGGACAAAAACAUUAAGUACCGCAACCCGCAGAUGGGCAACCUCAGCUUGGCUGAAGUCUUCCAAGGCACGGUGCCGCCUCCCUACUGGCAUAAGCCCGUGUACGAACUGCAGCCGCACGACGCCAUCAACAAUGGCUUCAUCAAUGAGGACCUCAUAGUGUGGAUGCGGGAGGCUGCCUUCCCCAAUUUUAAGAAGCUCUACGGCAUUUUGCAACGCACCAACAAACCUUUUGAAAGUGGCCUCCCAAAAGGCAACUACAGCGUGGAGAUUACCUACAACUUCCCUGUGCAGUAUUUCCGUGGCAGAAAGCAGGUGGUCCUGACCACGCUGAACUGGUUUGGUGGCCCCAAUAAGUUCCUGCCCAUUGCUUACCUGAUCACCAGCUUCCUGGUUCUGCUGGCGGCCAUCGGCCUCACCGUUGUGUGGUGGAAGUUUGGGAAGGAUGGGAAAAACAUGGAUGAGUAAUAAAUACGUAGCAGGGACUAGUGAUGGGAAAAUGAAGCUUCAGAUUUGUUUCAUGAACCAAUUGUAAAUUUUUUUGCUCCCCGAGAUGGGAAUGAUGGCUUUAAAAAAAGGGGAUUAAGAAAUAGCAAGUCUCCAUCAAGAGGAGUGAAAAUUGGUUCAUGAACCAAAUUCGAAGCUUUGUUUGUCCAUCACGAGCAGGGAUGAUGUAAAACAAAAAACAAUUGAAAUUAAGGAUUGGAGCUAAAUAGAUUGCGCAGGUUGACGUAACGUUACAUUAACGUGAAUCGAAACUAAUUUAAUGUCAAAAUGUGUACAUGUUUACUUUUCAUUUUAUACCAAAAGAUAUCAAAUGUAUUUAUUUUGUUGUUGCCUGAAAUCUUUUGGCACUUGAAGGCUGGAACAUACGUUAUUGGCAGAUUGAAUGCAGCAUGUAGAUUGUGAUAUGAACUUGCAGUAGAAAACAUUGAAGUUGUCAUUCAGGAAAUGAUCUUGUGCCGUCAAUGGCAGUAAAUAAUUUUAAAACCUAUUU